GGCUGUGCAGUGGGCAACUGGCUCUGCUCCCCUCUGCUGCACACCAGAGGGUGCCAAUGGGGGAGCGAGGGCUGAGCACACGGAGCAUGCAGUGCACACUGCUCACAGCUGAGCAGACGAUGCAUGCUGCACACAGUGAGCACACGGUGCCCCAAGCAGCUCUGGAUGAGAUCUCCAGCAGAAUUUCAGAUCUAGACAAAUGGAGAAAAAUUUUCAGUUUCUGUGGCCGGGAAGGCAGUCAGACCAGCCCCCAGGGACCUGCGAGCUGUGGGCACGGAGCAGUGAGCACCACAGGAGCCCUGGAGCCGCGUGUGACACCUGCAGAGCCCCAGCAUGCGGGGCGGCCCAUCUCCAUGGACAUGGCAAUGGCACUGCGGACGCUGCUGCUCGGGAACGCAUCAUGCGCCUUCAGCCAGGACUGGACGCGGGCACACUUCAGGUUCUGUGAGCCGCACUCUGACCUGGCCUAUGCUCUGGAGGCUGAGAAGGGAGGAACGAGAGCCAUUGUGAUGGCUGUGCAGGCAAACAUCAUUAAAUACCUGCUCUUCAUGAGGAACACAGAACACACUCACCUGGAGAGACUGCACAAAAUCAGCCAGAAGGAGCAAGGAGAGGCCCUGGCUGCAGCACUGGCAGACAGCCUGUGGGCAGCGGGGGACGGCCGGAGAGCCACUGUCUGCAUCCUCACUGCAGCCACCCACUGCUCCCCUCCUGCAGGCUACAAAGCCGACAGCUUCACUGAGCGGAUCCACCUGUUCGAGUUCCCCGAGAAAGCAGCAGCUCAGGAGUUCAUCUUGGACCACAUUGGCUGUUUCAGAGAUGAAGGAAGUCACGGACUGAUCCUGUUUUUAUACAGUUUACUUUUCUCUAGGACACUGAAAAGGGUCGCGGAGGAGCUGGGCGGCACAGCGCCGCGGCUGUUGGAGCGCAGCUCUGGAAACGUCGCGUGCACGCAGGCGGCGCUCCUGCUCGUCCUGGCGGGCCGCGCGCAGCCCGGGCGGCGCAGUGAGGUGGGCUUCCUGCGCUGGAGCGGCGAGGAGGCCGAGCGCCGCCUGGCCCCGGUUGGCAGCAUGCUGAAAACUCCCAAGUUCCCUAUCUGGCUGUGCAGCAUCAACGGGACUCACAGUGUCCUCUUCAGCACCAACCGGCUGCUCCUGUCCGACUGGAAGAUGGAGCACAUCUUCCACCUGUAUUUCUACAAUGGGCAGUGCAGAACAGCCCACCUGACCAUAGGUGUGUGGCCCAGCUCACCCCCCCACGGGCGCUGCGCUGUGGGUGUCAUGUACAGAUGUGGGCAGGACUGCACGUGUGCACAGCUCUGCAUCUCCAGCCCCACACGCAGCCCGUGCUGCAGGACCCGCACACUGAUGCAUACAUACAGCACACGUUUGUAUUUUCCCACCCAGGAGCAAAGUGCCCCCAGGCACCCGCACUUCCCCAGAGCCCCACACACCCUCAGACCCGCAUUUCACUUCCAGAUACCCACUCGCAUCACUGGGAAGAGGGCCGCAGCGAGGCUGCGAGCAGCCCAGGGAGGAGGGCUCCAUCACUGGAGAUGGCCAUCAGGACCAAGUGGCCGGGGGCGGCUGUCAGAUGGAAUGGCAUGCAGCCCUUCUUCUGAGCUGCCCCUCACCCCACCACCACCAGCACCAGCACCAGGAGCAGGGCCAUCGCUGGCACAGCCACAGCCCUCAACCUGAGCCGGCGGGGAAGAGGAAACAGCAUGGCAACACGGUCAUUUCCUCCCAGGCAGAGAUGUUUGAGAAAUAAAAGCGUGUCGUGAAAGUGCUGACCACAGUGUGAAGUUAAAUAAUAUUAAGCGCUGA